UAUUGAGAGAAACAAGUUGAGGCAGAGAUUGCAAUUGCAAAGAAAAGAAAUUAGUUGAGCUAAAAAUCCCAGUAUGCUGCGUAUGGCGUAGUAUCAUUCAAGAGAUUUCCUUUUGUCUUACAUUUGUUUGAGAUACAAGACACAGAAAUGGCUAUAAUUCUUGCAGCAAAAACAUAUCCCCUCAGUUUUGGAAUUUCCAAUACCAUCAAGAAAAUCUUCAAGCCACACACUGACUCACAUGAAAUGCAAUCCAGGUGUCAUGUUGUGGUGCCAUCUCAAGAGGCCGCAUUAAGUCGCCGGCAUGCUAUAGUGUGUAGCAGUGCUUCAUUGGUUGCUGUUUUGAGUUUCAACUGUGGGUUAACCCCAUUACCAGCUGAAGCUGAAGAUAAGUCAGAGGGAAAAGAUGAGAAGGAUGAAGGAGUUGUCGGGGCUAUUAAAUCACUAUUUGAUCCAAAUGAGAAAACAAAAUCUGGGAAAGUUUUGCCAAAAGCUUACUUGAACUCAGCAAGAGAGUUGGUGAAGACAUUGCGUGAAUCAUUGAAGGAAGAUCCCAAAGAAAUAGCUAAAUUCAGGAGGAAUGCAGAUGCAGCAAAGGAGUCUAUUAGAGACUAUUUGAGUAAUUGGAGGGGACAAAAGAGUGUGGCUAGUGAGGAAUCCUAUGUUGAGCUAGAGAAAGCAAUCAGAUCUUUGGCAAGCUUCUACUCAAAGGCAGGGCCUUCUGCUCCUCUUCCAGAAGAGGUUAAGUCUGAAAUAUUAAACGAUUUAGAUACAGCUGAAGAAUAUUUGUGAUAGCCUGAACAGCACCGUGUUAAUGUACAUUAAUUUCAGUAGUUUUGAAUCAGCGUACUUGAAAUUGGCGAAUUCAGGCGAUUUUUUUCUUCGGUCUAAUUGAAGGCUUGUGUAGCAUUUAAUGGACUUUAUAUUUGCGGCAAAGAGAGUUAUAAAGUUGUUUGUGAGAAUUCUAUCUCCCCGGUUCAAGUUUCAGAAGCAAUAGAUUACCAGAUAAAAAGGCUAAAAACCGAAGAACAACAGAGAGAUUGAGAGCAAAAUAAACACCAAUAUUUCCAUUAAGCUGUGACGAUAUGAUCCGAUGACUGUAAUCUUAGGACAUAAUCUAAUGGCCAAUAAGCACAAGGAUAUUCCUCGAGGAUCAAGCUAAAUCUCUAGCAACCAAGAUAGGUGGUAACAGAAUUUGUCCUCCUUUUAUGGUAACAAAAUUUCUCCUCUUCUAUGAGUUGUAGGACUAUCUCCAGGAUGGCUUCUCUCCUUUUCUUCGACA